GCAGUGAACAACGAGCAGCGCUUAGUGCCACAUCACGGAAUCUUAUCGCUCUCGUUCGACAAACCCAGCAAAACUGAAAACCGAACUGAAACCCGAACCCGGACCCGAAUACCCGCUAUACAAAUACGAGGCUGCCUCGGCUGCAGAACAAACAAGUCAUCUAGCGUGCUGCAGCAACAACAAGAACAACAAGAACAGCAACAACAGCGGGCAAAGCAGUACGGCAACGGACCAGGUGAGCCAGUGCUUCGAAAGGAAUAGCCGCAGUCCACGUUUACACCCACACACUCUCUGGUUGUCUCUCUCUGAAGCCUGUUCGUUGCAAAGAGAAGAGGCGUAGGUGAGAGCGAGGCAACAACAACAGCGCAAUUGGCUCGCAGGAAGCUGCUGCGCAGUUUGCGGAAAAGAAGAAGAGAAGCCAGAAAACCACAAAACUAGUUGAAAGUCUGAAUUGAAGUAGACAAUUGAAAUGGCAGCCAUAGCAGCAUUACCAACGGCGACGCUGCGGCGCAACAAUAACAACAAAGGGGCCAAAUCCCGUCGCAAUGAACGUAAUAUCCUUACAUUCUACGAGAAGAUUGCCGUUAUCCGUUACUAUGAGGAGACCAAUAUAUCAAGAAACAGUCUGGCCAAAAUGUUCCACUGCUGCGCCACCCAAAUACGUCGCAUUCUGGAGAAAAAGAAGGAGCUGCUCCAGCAACUGGCCACCUUGAGCGAAGCGGAUGCCUCUAUAAUAAUUGAGGAGAUGACGCGCAAGCGUCGAAAGUUCGAAAUGAGCGCCAUUAGUUUCUUGCUCCACGAGUGGGUUGAACGAUGCCGACAACUCCACCUGAACCUGAGCAUCCGUAAUCAGAAGCUAAAAGAAACCGCCCUAAGGAUGGCUGCCGUUCUAAACCUGCCCUCCUUUAGACCCUCCUACCGCUGGCUGAAUCGCUUCCGCGGAAAGUACAAGUACGAGGAGGAUGACUUGGGCUACCAGGGUGAGAAUCCCAUCUCGCAGGACCUGCCCGUCGAGGAGAUCAUUGUGGAGUUUAAGCAGGCUCUACCCAACUUCAUGCAGCGCGAGCUGUCCGACCCGGCUGAAGGCACCGCCAACAACAAAGGACUACUGCCCAAACUACCCGACUUGGUGAAUCUGUCCAGCGAGAACAGCCUGAUGUCUGACCACCUCGAGGAGGGCGAUGACGAAGUCGUAGAGGUGGUCACCUGUGAACCCAGCAUGCUGGAUUCACCGGCCAGCCUGCCGGACGAAGAGGAAAACCCCACUGAAGAGCAGCCCAAUUCGGAUGAGCAGAUGAUAGCCGGCACCAGCACCUUGCUCAAUGGCGUCUUUCCCCACCUGGCCAUCAUCCACCAGUUCGCACUGAUGAACUCGGACAUUAAGGCCUUGGAGUUGAUUUCGCAGCUGGGCGUGCACAUGCAGCAGCAGGCUGCUUCGGGAGCUUACCGCACCCUCUCGCUGGCCACGAGCACAGAGUCCGGAGCGAAUCCCGACAUUAGCUCCCUGCCGGAACUACCACCGGGCAGUAUAUAUGCAGACAUCGAUGACAUCGAGCUGAUCGAGUAAGAGCACCAAAUACCAAGUCUAAUCCUAAGCUAGCCUUACCUUCAAUGCCAUAAGAUAGUCGGUUUAUUUAUAGCCAGAGGAAGUAAUCAUUUUAAGUUAUUUUAAGAUGUGCGAUUAAGUCUAUCGUCAACCGAGUUGAAUUACAAAUAAAAUUAAUGGAAACCAA